CUUGUCCUGUGAUAAAGAUGGCAUCUACUGGUCUGCAGAUCCUGGGCAUGGCACUGGCAGUCAUUGGGUGGCUUGGCACUAUAAUCACCUGUGCACUGCCCAUGUGGAGAGUCACAGCCUUCAUUGGCAACAACAUUGUGGUGGCCCAGAUAAUCUGGGAGGGACUGUGGAUGAAUUGUAUUGUACAGAGCACUGGGCAGAUGCAGUGCAAAGUGUAUGAUUCCAUGUUGGCACUGCCUCAAGACCUACAAGCUGCCCGGGCACUCACAGUCAUAUCUGUGCUGGUAUCCCUGCUGGCACUGCUCAUUGGUAUCAUUGGAGCAAAAUGCACCAACUGUGUAGAGGACGAGAACACCAAGGCGAAGGUUAGCAUGGUAUCUGGGGUGGUGUUCCUGGUGUCUGGCAUCCUCAUGCUCAUUCCUGUGUGCUGGUCAGCAAACAGCAUCAUCAGGGACUUCUACAACCCUCUAGUGGUGGAGGCUCAGAAGAGGGAGUUGGGGGCAUCUCUUUACAUUGGCUGGGCUGGUUCUGCGCUGCUGCUGCUGGGUGGGGGACUUCUGUGCUGCUCUUGCCCCAAGAGACAAGACCACCCUUAUUCUGCCAGAUACACUGCACCCACCUCCCAGGGGCGCAGCGAGUACCCCAACAAGAACUAUGUCUAGGAUAAAUGUAUGGACUACUCCUGUGGGGUGUUUUGUUCUCACCUGAACUCUGGACUCACUGUGUUUGUGGGGGAGGGGUCACCUGGGGAAUCUCAGUGUUGGGAUUAUGUUUUCAUUUUAUACCAUGUUUUUAAAGUUGCUUAAUAAAAUAUUUUUUUUAUAUGAA